AAGGAGAUUUUAUUCUCAAUAAACGGUUUUAGAUUAUUGGUGGGGAAAUUGCAAAUGGUUGAGAAGAAUUUGAAAAGAAUAUUGACCUGGGAAUCCCAUGAUUGCAUCAUGGCGACCCCCUUUGUUUUAAUGCAUGAGAAGAACAUCAUAAUUGACGAGGUCUAGAGCUAUUCAAGACAACAAGGGACUAUUGAGGACAGAUUAUGGGCUGCAUGUUCUCACAAGAACCCCAAGGUGAGAAUGUUCACGAUAACGACAAUGAGAAAGCCGGGGAGAAAAAGAACGAUGACGACAAUGGUGAGAAGGGGGAUGGUUCAAAUACAGAAGGUGACAAGGAGGGAGUUUCGGGGGGAUGGCCGUCAUGGUUGGCUUCAGUUGCAGGGGAAGCCGUUGAUGGAUGGCUACCACGGAAGUCGGACUCUUUCGAGAAGUUAGAAAAAAUUGGACAAGGAACUUAUAGCAGUGUAUACAAGGCCCGUGACCUAGAAACAGACAAAAUUGUCGCCAUGAAGAAGGUUCGGUUUGUUAAUAUGGAACCACUUAGUGUUCGUUUUAUGGCUAGGGAAAUCAUCAUCUUACGGAAGCUUGACCACCCAAAUGUUAUGAAGCUUGAGUGUAUAGUCACUUCAAGGAUGUCUAGCAGCUUGUAUCUUGUUUUUGAGUACAUGGAGCAUGACCUUGCUGGGCUUGCAGCAACUCCUGGUAUCACUUUAACUGAACCGCAGAUUAAAUGUUACAUGCAACAGUUGUUUCGUGGCAUUGAACAUUGCCAUAGCCGUGGUGUCCUGCAUAGAGACCUCAAGGGCUCAAACCUUCUGAUUAACGACAAUGGAAUUCUUAAGAUUGCAGAUUUUGGUCUGGGUGCAACUUUUCAGGUUGAUCAAAAGCAGCCUCUAACAAGUCGAGUCGUAACUCUUUGGUACAGGGCACCUGAGCUUUUGCUUGGGGAAACUGAAUAUGGAGUUGCUAUAGAUUUGUGGAGUGCUGGCUGUAUCCUUGCUGAAUUAUUUUUUGGGAAGCCUAUUAUGCCGGGAAGAACAGAGGUGGAGCAAAUGCAUAAGAUCUUUAAGCUCUGCGGUUCACCCUCAGAGGAGUAUUGGCAGAAAACAAAACUUUCCCAUGCAACUAGCUUUAAACCCCAACAACCUUACCAGCGUUGUCUUGAUGAGACGUUCAGAAACUUCCCUGAGUCUGCCUUGUCUCUCGUUGAUAAACUCCUUUCAAUGGAUCCGGAAGAUCGAGGAUCUGCUGAUUCAGCACUUAGCAGUGAGUUCUUCACAUCAGAGCCGUUACCCUGUGAUCCGUCAUAUGUACCAAAAUAUCCUCCAUGCAAAGAACUAGAUGUCAAACUUCGUUGCGAGGAAGCAAGAAGAAAAAGAGCAGAGGCUGUAAAGAGGCGAGGAGCUGAAUCUAUUAAAAGCGGGUCAAUGGAUUUUAAGGGCGUUCGAACACCAGAAUUCAUUGCACAAGGACAGUCAAAAACAAGGAUCGCUCAUAUUGAGAGUGGUGCCUCUGGCUUCCAGAUUGAUUCACGCAAGGUUGCUUUGCAGAAUGGUUUAUCUCAAUCCACUUCAAUGAUCCACCCUAGUGCUGCAGCAACAUGGAAUAAGGCAGGUCCUACAUUAAAAGAAUCACUAAUGCCUCAGGAAACUGAAGCUUCUGAUAAUAAAGAGGAUACAACUAACAAUCAUCCUGUUUCAAGUUUUUUAACAAGGAAAAACAGGUUCCACUGCUCUGGACCACUGAUGCCUCCUGGGGGAAAUAUUGACGAUAUACUUAAAGAGCACGAGAAACAAAUCCAGCAGGCUGUACGUAAAGCACGUCUUGAGAAAGCCUGAACUAAUAGAAGUCACAACAUUCACAGCGGAAACAUAACGGAGGAUUUUUGGACAAUCAUUCGUUAAAUGGUUUGAUAGCUGC